CCGGGGCAAAGCCUGCAGCAGCUCUCUUUCUCGGGCGAAGAUCUGUGACCAGCUCGGGAAAGAAAAUGGUCGCCGUUAGAUCCUCGUCUUCUUCAUCCUCACACUCUCGCUCUCAUCGAUCGAGAUUUCUAUCACCUUCUUCGAUCUCGAGAUACGUUUUUGUUCUCAUCGGAUUCUCGAUUCUCGUCUUCUUCUUUUCUCAAUCUCAGAUCUCUGACGUCAUCGUCGACAAACCCUUGGUCGCAGGGGAGGAACGGCCUCAAGAGGAGUUAGCUGAUCGCUUAUGGGAUUCUUCAGCUGGAUAUGGUUUUCAGCCAUGUGUCAAGCCUACCCGUAAAUAUGAAGCUCCCAAAAUUUGGAACCGUUACUUAACUGUUAGAAGUAAUGGAGGGCUCAACCAGAUGCGCACUGGUAUAUCUGAUAUGGUUGCUGUAGCUCGCAUAAUGAAUGCUACACUAGUGAUUCCUCAGUUAGACAAGCGAUCCUUUUGGCAAGACUCAAGCACUUUUGCAGACAUUUUUGAUGAGGCUCAUUUUAUCAGUGCGCUACAAGGAGAUGUGCAUAUAGUCCGGGAGUUGCCUAAGGAGUUGGAAGCUGCUCCAAGGGCUCGUAAGCAUUUUUCUUCCUGGGCCAGCGUGAAUUAUUAUGUGGAAGUAGCUCAGCUUUGGAAGGAUUAUCAGGUAAUUCAUGUUCCCAAGUCUGAUUCAAGACUAGGUAACAACAACCUUCCUAUUGAUAUUCAAAGACUACGAUGCCGUGCUCUAUACCAGGCACUCCGCUUUUCCCCUCCAAUUGAAAGCCUUGGAAAGAAGCUAGUGGAGCGGCUGAGGUCAAGCGGGCACUACAUUGCUCUUCAUCUGCGUUAUGAGAAGGAUAUGCUAUCCUUCACUGGCUGUACUUAUGGUCUUAAUGAUUCUGAAGCUGAAGAGCUAAAAAUUAUGAGGGAGAACACAAAUCAUUGGAAAUUGAAGAAUAUAAAUUCUACUGAACAGAGAGCUGGUGGAAAUUGUCCAUUAACUCCAAAGGAGGUUGGGAUCUUUCUGCGAGCACUAGGUUAUCCUCCAUCCACCUGGAUCUACAUUGCAGCUGGAGAAAUAUUUGGUGGCGAUACUUACCUCUCGGAUUUAAGAUCUCGUUUUCCAAACUUAGUUUUCAAGGAUACACUAACAACAAAGGAAGAGCUGGAGAAGUUUGCUAGUCAUGCAACACAAGCUGCAGCUUUAGAUUAUAUCAUAUCAGUUGAAAGUGACGUGUUUAUUCCUUCACAUACUGGAAACAUGGCAAGAUCGGUAGAAGGGCAUCGCAGGUUUAUAGGACAUCGAAAAACAAUCAAUCCUGAUAGGAAAAGAUUGGUAGAGCUUUUUGAUAAGAUAGAUAGAGGCGAGCUGGAGGAGGGUCCAAAAUUGUCCUCGCUUGUUACUGAAUUGCACAAGCACAGACAAGGAGCUCCAAGAAAAAGGUAUGGUUCUCUGCCCGGAGCCAAAGGCAAGGAUCGACUUAGGACGGAAGAAUCUUUCUAUGAGAACCCUUUACCUGAAUGCAUCUGCCACUCUAAACGCCAUUAACAAAAAAUGUACAUCAAUUUAAAUCUCGUUCCAUAAAGUUUUUAGUAACAAUUCUAUCCUUUCUAAGUUGAAGGGAAGGGCAUUACGUAGAUAACCUUUGAAUUUCUGGUUAAUGUUUCUGGUUAUUCAUGUAUAAAGAAUUCUUUUGUUCCGAAAA